AUGGCUUAAAUGUCAACGAAUACACGCAAACACACAACAUGAUGAAAUAUCGAGUCCACACACACACAGAGCUAAAAUAUUUAGUAUAAUUUUCGAGAACGGCUAUUACUUUAUCAGUGUUAGGUAUAAUGCGUGUUUAACGGACAUGCUAAAGACACACUUAGAUCGUUUAAAUUUCUUAUCACGUCUGAGAAUGUUCCAAAUGACGAAUAAUCUUGUAUAAAGUUAAUACGUAUGAGCAAAAUGUUGUGCUUGAUUCUUCUGCUAGCUAUUACUGGAUACAGCCUAGCCAGUGACCAGCCAUGUACAGAUUUAGGAGGCCAUUGUCAGGAUGACAGCAACAAAUGUGGUGGUUCAUAUAACUCUGGGAAAUGUACUGGUAGUGCUAACAGACGUUGUUGUACAAGGACAGCAGUAGAACAUGAUACUGGUGACUGCUCCAAUGUGAAGAUAAUAUCACGUGACAGCUGGGGAGCUCGGAGACCAAGGAGUACAUCGACUAUUCAUUCGCCAGUUCCUGACUUCUUUAUACAUCAUACUGAAGGUGGAGCGUGCACAUCAUUUUCUGCAUGUAUCUCACAAAUGAAAGGAAUACAAAAUUACCACAUGGAUGAUUCUAACCACAGAUGGUCCGAUAUUGGUUACAGCUUCCUAGUUGGUGAAGAUGGGAAAAUCUAUGAGGGCAGAGGCUGGAAUCGAGUAGGAGCUCAUACUCAGGGUUAUAACAGCCGUGGCUUGGCCGCCUCAUUUAUGGGAAGUUUUAUGACCCAUGCUCCCAAUUCUGCUGCUUUAAAUGCUGUCAAAGAAUUGAUUCAAUGUGGAAUCAGCAAAGGGAAAGUUUCACAUUCGUAUGCUUUGUUUGGACAUCGAGAUGUUGGUUCCACUGACUGCCCAGGCACAGCUUUGUACAACGUCAUCAAAACAUGGGCUCGUUUUCAUGCACAUUCUCCAAAAUAAUUUUUUUACGCUUUCUGAUUGAUUUUGCUUUACCAGUAAUAAUUAAAAAAGAACGGAUUUA